AUGAUGUGCCAGCUCACUGCUCGAUCCCGGUGGAACGUCAUGCUGGGAAUCUUGGAUGGGGCCGAGGAAGAAUCGGCCAGCGACAGAGAACGGGCGGUCAGACAGCUUUCCAUGAGCGAAUCUGGCUUCUUGGAAGCGGUCCCUUACGUUGUUGCCGCAGAGGUGACUUCGAUUGCCUGUUUUGUCUUUUCCCGCCAUCGAGAGAUGCUCAUGGACUUUUACCAGGAGUUGUUCAAGUUGCGGAAGGCAUACACACCAACUGGAGAGGAAGUAGAUGAGGAGAUGGAGCCCGAUGGCCAACCGCACUCAAACCGUGAGUUCACGUAUGAUGAGUGGGAGAAGGAGAAUUUGCUAUACUUGUCGUCAGCCGUGGGCUUGGGACUUGGCUAUCUCGAGAGGGUGCAGGAUCUGUCAGACAUGGCCCGACCAUCGUGGUUCCGAUUGAUUCUCGGCCACUUUCAACCGGCCGAGCACUCUCAUGUUCUGAGACUGAUGAAAACGUGGGAUGAGGUUGUUGGACCGGUUCAAGAACAAGGCGGCACGUUUGAGGCGGAAACGCCGGUGCGGAUGCCGCCGCAGCCACAACCUGGCUCGUCAGUCCGAACAUCUUACGGUGCUUCGAGUUACCCGGGAUUUCAUCACAUCUUUUCCGGCCAAGCGAGGUCGUCGUAUUAA